UUUUUUUUUUUUGUGCGUCCAACCCAAAAGAAAAAAAAAAAAGAGAAAGUGACCCACCUUUCAUUUUGUUUUCUUAUCAUGGAUAUGGAGUACGAUAAUUCGGCAGUUGGCCAAGUCUCUGAUGAUAGACAAGUUAUGGCGGAAGAGCAAGUGAGAGAGGACCGUUUCUAUGACGCGGACGGAGGACGACGAUCCGCUUCACGUUCUCGAAGCCGCAGUCUAUCUCCUAAACGUAGAACCAUUUCUCGUUCUCGAUCGCGUUCACGCUCCAUCUCGCCUCGUCGUGGAUCGAGCCGUGGCCAUCGUUCUCGCCGUCGUUCGCCUUCUCGCUCGAGAUCACGUAGCAGAGAUCGUAGAAGAAGUGUCACCCCACCUCGUCGCCGAUAUCGUUCCCGUUCGCCCAGAGGACGCGGUGGUGGUGGAAGCCGUGCUGGCGGAAGACGAGGCAAAGAAUUCCAUGGUACAAGAGAUGCGCCCGAGAAGUCGCAGGUUCUUGGUGUCUUUGGUUUGAGCUUGAGAACGCGUGAAUCGGAUUUGGAAGAGGUUUUCAAACAGUAUGGAAACCUGGAAAAGGUCACCAUCGUUUAUGAUCAUCGCAGCAACCGUUCCAGAGGUUUUGGAUUCAUUAACUAUAGCAACGUAGAGGAAGCUACUCGUGCUCGAGAAGCCACCGAUGGUCUUGAAAUCGAUGAUCGUAACAUUCGCGUGGAUUAUUCGGUGACUCACCGUCCGCAUACGCCGACUCCUGCCGACGUAGCCGAUCCCGUUCACCCGACAGACGUAGAAGAUACUACAGAUCAAGAAGCCGUAGCAGAUCUUGGUCUCGUUGAAGAAGAUUGAAAGAUGAAAAGUAGUCCUUACCAUUAAAAGUAUGUGAGUCGGAAGCUUUCCCUAACCGAUGGAUUCUUUCUCCUCCCCUCCCUGGUUGCAUAAGAAAACAAACGUGAAGAUUGAUUCAAAAAGGGUUGCAAGCAUUUGGCAAGAUCAGUUUGUAUGCACUUUUGUAUACUUUUUUU